UACCGCGACAAGUAUAUCGGCCGGGGAGCCCCGGGAGAUAUUCUAAAGAUAGAAAACGCGCGCCGCACGAUCACGACGCGUCGAGGAGGAACGCGUCGAGAAAACGCACUUGGCUCGCACGCGCGCGUGACGCGGCGGAAUCGUGGCGAGGCGGGCGAUCGAACGUGGGAAUCGAGGACGCUAAGGAAGAAAGACUUUUCCGCCUCCACGACGCGAGAGUAUCGAGAAUCUCGAAAGCGGCGGCUCGUGAACGUCGCGAGAAAACGUGGAUGAGACGCGCGAAUCGAUCCGUGGUGACACGCGAGUGGAGCGAAAGCGACGAGGAAACGAACGACUUACUCGAUCCACCGCUCGAUUUUCGAUACUCGGUGAUUCAUGUAUAAAUCGUCAUAAGUUGGCGAUUAAAUUAAGGAAUUUCGAGAGUAAGAGCGAAUCUCUGUUUCUCUCUUUCUCUUUUAGCCCGGCGCUUUCGCAAAUUGCUUCGACGAUCCUCUCGCUGAUCCUCGACGGAACGGAACUCGAUCGUCAUAUAUAGAUAAUUUUCCAAUGACGACGGGAAAUUGAUAGAGACGCGAGUUCAGUGAUAUAUAUCGCGACAACGUGCUAGUGCGUCGCAUCGAGACAUGCGUGACGGAAAUUUGCAGCACGCGGGCGAAGCGAAUUUCGCUCCUUAAUGUUCUGGAAAUGGAGAAACAUGAAGAUGCUUAAGGAAGCUGUUUGCAUACUCACCGACUGGACCAGUGAAGCAAAUGAAGUGAAUUGUACACUUAUUGAUGAAAAUCUUGAAUAAUUCAAGGAACAAUCAGUGAUGACAACAAAUAACAAGUACAUGAAGAGCGUUAUAUCAAAGCUUUGUAAAGAGUUAAUGAGUCUAAUGAGAUUCUGAGAAAGAAAAGUGGAUCUGUUGUUACAAAACAAUGAAAGAAUAUAAUUUGCACACUUAAUGAAAAUAUACAAGUCUUAUUAAGAGAAGAACGGAUGAAAGAAAAAAGCAGAAGCGAAGAAAGGAAAAAAGGGCAAAAUAAGGAAUAAAAUGUAUGAGAUAAAAGCCUGAUAAAUACGAAACAAAUAAUAAAAAAAGAUUUAAUAGCGAGGAAACAGAUAGAUUCUAGUGAAACGAGAAAAUGAGUUUGUAUAUUGGAAACAAAACGUGCAAAAAAAAGGAAAAGAAAAGACGUGGAUAGAGAAAAUUGGAUGAAAUUGCUGGAGGAAAGCAAUUACAGAUAUCCUCGGAGAAAAUAAGACGACCAUAAACUGAUAUAAAGCUCUAGUGAUAAAAGUGGAGAAAUCGAUAGUAGAAGAUUUAGGAUCAAAAAACGUACGAUAAAUUGCAGAGAUCUUGAUGAAAAUAAAAAAGAAAGAUUUGGAGUGGUGAGAAUUGAUGUUGAAAGGGAAAUGGGGGAGAAGAAGCUAAAUAGAUGAACUCGGAAAACUUGGUGUGAAGAGGAAAAGCAGCAACAAGAACACGCGAGUUUCAAGUGACGGGUAACCGUGAAGAUGGGGGACGUCCGAAUGAGAGAUGAAUAGAAUAUGGGGGUGAAUUAAUGUGCAUCUUGUGAAACCAUCGUGUACUUAAUUACAAGAAAGGAUAAAUGUAUACGCAUCAAGAAUAUAUCGGGUACAAAAUAAAAUCCGUACGAAGAGGAAAAGCUUCUACGAAGUGUACUUUGUUUAUCUUCACGCUGUCAGCGAUGGCGAAUGAUCGUUCACAGAUGAUCAGCUUAUUGUUAGAAGCGGCUGGCUCGCUUUAAAAAACACGCUACUUUUCGCCAAGAUCACAUGUCGCACAUUAAAAUAAUACAUGGAUGUGAAUCUUCCUCAUCGGCCACAAAGUGUUCGAAGUGAAGCGGCAAGUUCCUUCGAUCAUUCGCUUUUAACGGUUACGUCAUAACAGUCGACGAUUUAGUAACAAUAAAAAAGGUAGACUCUAACAAAGACACGCGAUUUCUUCAAAUUCGACCACGCGUAUUGUGUUCAGGAGUAGAGAGCAAAGAUUACGCGCGAAUGACUUAAGAAAUUAAUUAUAUAACGCAUUCUUUAUCUAAAGCGUCUUUUUACUGCCGAUUCGUGAUUUGUCAUCAUCGAUGGUAUUUUGUAUGUCAUCGAGCUCAACAUAGUGCAGUGCGAUUUUUUGGGCCCGCCGAUGCGUUGUAAACUUGGACGAAAGUGGCAGGAAGCGGAAGUGGAAUCGAAGUGCCGCCGCGUGAUCGCAAAGUGGUGAUCGUCCCCCACGUUACGGGUUCGCCAGAUCAGUUAGUGUCUUUCGCGACACAGGGAGUCGCGUUUGGGACUUGUAGCCACAACAUGGGUUGCGAACUGAGCAAACUGGCCGCUACGAAAUCGCGCAAUCAGGGCGGAAACGAUGGCUCUUCGCCACCGCCGCCGGCCGCCACAGAUCCGCGACUUCCGCUCACAGCCAGGCAAAAAUUUACGGUUAUCGCCAGUUGGAAAGCGGUCUCCAGAGCACUGGAGCCUACGGGCGUAUAUAUGUUCAUAAGGUUGUUUGAGGAGAACGCGGAAUUGUUAAAUAUGUUCACAAAAUUCCGGGAUAUGAAGACGAAGGAACAGCAAUCAUCGAGUAUGGAACUGGCUGAGCACGCUAAAACAGUCAUGUCGACCCUCGAUGAAGGGAUCAAGAGCCUGGACGAUAUGGACGCGUUCUUGACGUACCUUCACGAGGUUGGGGCUUCCCACACAAAGAUCCCCGGCUUCAACCGGCAAUACUUCUGGAAAAUCGAGAAACCGUUUCUGGAUGCGGUGGAGCGUACACUGGAGGAUCGAUAUUCGGAGAACGUGGAGAACAUCUACAAACUGACGAUCAAGUUCAUCAUCGAAACGUUGAUCGACGGCUUUGACAAGGCACAGAGCGAAAAGGCCAAGUCCUAGUCGUCCUAGUCCCGAGGAUCCGGCACGCACGCGAUCGCCCUCGAUCCUUCGAAAUGUUGACCGCCCCCCCGGUUCGCUCGGUCCCCCCGAUGCCUGGAACGGAAAAGAGCCACAAUCGCUAUGCCGAUUCCUCGAUAAACGGCAAUGGGACAAUCGUCGUUCUUGCGUUGGUUUACGCCACGCCAUCAAUUCGUCGCUCCUUCGUUUCUUCAAUCCGCUUCGCGCGGAUUCCCGAGAAACGCGAAUUUAUGUGAGAGCACGUGGCGUUCACGUCGUAAAUGUUCUCGCCGGCCUGAGAUCUUUUUUCCCCUCGAGCGGGUCUCGCUACUAAACGUAUCCGGAUAUUGAGAAACGGUCCCGAGUCAGUCUCUCGGGAUUUCUUUCAAAAACGCGCCGCAACGCGAGUCAAAAGAAUCGCGCGAUUCUUUCGACGGUCGAAGGGUUUUUAACAAUUCUGAAGCUCGAUUUGAUUUUUAAUUAAUUGUAUAUUUUUUUUUUUAAUAUUAUAAAAACUAUUCUAUCUAAAUAAUGCAUACGACGAUUCAAAAAAUAUAUAGUAAAGCCAUUUAAAAAAAUGUCUAUUGAUUUUGAACUUUUUUAGAU